CACUACACUGUACAUACUAUACACGACACCACGCGACACUGUACAAACUAAAACACCGCACACAUUGCGCACACUAACACUGCGCAUACCAAUAGUAUGACCGUUGUCAUUGGCUUUGAGGGCAGUGCAAACAAGCUGGGGAUCGGCAUUGUGCGAGAUGGUGUCGUCCUCUCCAACCCACGUUGCACCUACAUCACUCCUCCUGGCCAAGGGUUUCUACCGCGGGACACAGCUAAGCACCACCAGGAGCGAGUGUUGGAGAUCUUGCAGAAAGCUCUGGAUGAGGCUGGGAUUGCGCCACACGAGAUUGACUGUGUUGCAUACACAAAAGGCCCCGGGAUGGGCGCCCCGCUGGUGUCCGUGGCCCUGGUGGCUCGCACUGUGGCCCAGCUGUGGAGCAAGCCUCUGGUAGGAGUGAACCACUGCAUUGGCCACAUUGAAAUGGGGCGGCUCAUCACUGGAGCGCACAACCCGAUAGUGCUGUACGUCAGCGGAGGCAACACACAGGUGAUUGCUUACUCUCAGAGGAGGUACCGCAUUUUUGGGGAAACCAUCGACAUCGCGGUGGGAAAUUGCUUGGACAGAUUUGCUCGGGUACUCAAGAUAUCCAAUGAUCCAAGCCCUGGAUACAACAUUGAGCAAAUGGCAAAGAGAGGGAGCUUUGUGGAGUUGCCGUACACUGUCAAGGGCAUGGACGUCUCCUUCUCAGGGAUCCUCUCCUAUAUUGAGGAGGCAGCGCAGAGAAUGCUGGCGAGCGGCGAAUGCACUGCAGAAGAUCUAUGUUUCUCAUUGCAGGAGACCGUGUUUGCGAUGCUGGUGGAGAUCACGGAGCGUGCCAUGGCACACUGCGGAGUCAGGGAGGUGCUCAUCGUGGGCGGAGUUGGGUGCAACCUGCGUCUGCAGGAGAUGAUGGAGGUGAUGUGCAAGGAGAGAGGAGCAAAGCUCUUCGCUACUGAUGAGAGGUUCUGCAUCGACAAUGGAGCGAUGAUAGCUCAGGCUGGUUGGGAGAUGUUCCGAUCAGGCCUCACAACAGAGAUCAAAGACUCAUGGAUAACGCAACGAUUCCGUACGGACGACAUGGAGGUGACUUGGAGGGAUUAAUUGAAGCAGAGAGAACACAAUUCCUGUUGUUCUCCGAAGUUGGUGAUCCACCCGAUAUAUUAUCUUGUAUAUCUUUGUUUUCAUGAAAAACUGUAAUAUUCCAUCAACUUUAUUGCAGUUAAAGGUUUGGUUGAGUACUUGACAAGAAGAUUAUAGAUUUGAAGCUUUCGUGACUGCAGGAAUUACUCGUUGGUUCUUUCGGUAAAGUCACGUAUGAAGAAAAUAAAUUAAAUAAUAAUAUAACACGACUUUUCAACUGCAACACAAGCAACCGUCAUCAAGUAAGAAUGAAUGAGAAAACAAACAUAGCAAACUGAGAAAUAUAACGCAAUACAACACAGAGUCUGCUAACACAAAAGUCAACAUCCUACCUGGUUGAUUACGUUCUUCCAAAGAUUGCUAUAUUUGAGAGACAAAACACAGACACGGAGACACAUAGAGACAAGCAGAGAGAGACACACAAGCAGAGAGAGACACAAAGAA